AUGCCUCUUGCCUGCUAUUCACUCUUCGGUCGGCUUGCCUACCGUACAAGCAUCAGAAUGGCAUCCACCAUAGUGGGCAAAUCUGGUCGCGUGUAUGUUCAAGGCGAGGUGCUCCAGCGUAAUCGCGGCGAAAAGUUCAGCAUCUUCAAAGCCGAGUCCGGGAAUGAGUCUUUUGUCUUGAAGCGCGUACAGAGGCCAUUCUACGAUAUGUCCCUACGACUCGCAGCCGAAUUUGCAGGCACCCGUCGGCUUCGAAUGCACAUCGACUGCAACGAAGAAGAAGGCAUUCUAGUCUAUCCAUAUUUCAGAUGCACCCUACUUGCCUUGAUUAAGGAAGAUCCGGACUUUCCUCCGCCGGAACGACAGAAAAUCCUGCGAUGUGUAGGAGAAGCAAUACAAGAACUUCAUAGCAAAGACUGGAUCCACAUCGAUGUGAAACCUGAUAACAUUUUGGUCAAUUGGACUUGCGAUCGAGAGGGUAACAAAACAGUCACCGACGCGGCCCUAGGCGAUUUUGAUAUCGCUUUCAAGCUGGAACCUGGACUGCUACUUCGGACCCGUUAUGCAGUAGGGAAUGUCAUGUGGCGAAGCCCAGAAGGACAGACCGGAAGGGGUGUGACAAAGGCGUCAGACAUAUUCUCGUUUGGACUAGUGUGCAUAUAUGCUCUUGGGGGUGGGGAGUUGCUGCUCUUGAACGAUUACCAGGAGCUAGCAAAGACUGGUAUACCGCCGGAACAAGAGAUUCUGACUCGACACUUUUGCUAUUUUGGGCUAGUUCCCGAAGGGCUCCUCAAGCAAGUCGACAGUGAGGAUUGGUGUGACGCUCUGAAGGGAGCGUCAACAAUAGCUGAGGAGGAACUGAAGGAACGGCCUGAACUAAGAUUCGAGUGGUGGGGGAAGGGCCUUGGUCCUGAGGCAGUGAACAUGAUAUCUGGAAUGACAAAUCCAGAUCCGGCGGCUAGAAUAACGAUAGAGCAAGUCUUGGCGCAUCGAUGGUGGCAGGAGACUAGUUAA